AUGCUUGCAUUUCAACGUGCUAAAAGCAGUCAAAUGCUCGGUAAGCGUCUCGCUAGAUCUCUCCAGACCUCUGCGGUUAGAUGCAAAGAUAAGCAACUUAACGAGGUUUCUGCCACCAUCACCAAGGCCCUCGAUCAGGGUCCUUCUCAGGCCAUGCUUUACGGUACCGGUUUCAAGAAGGCUGAUUUCGACAAGGCCCAAGUCGGUAUUUCGUCCGUUUGGUGGACUGGUAACACAUGCAACAUGCACUUGCUCGAUCUCAACUUCAAGGUGAAGGAAGGUGUUGAGAAGGCCGGACUUAAGGGCAUGCAAUUUAAUACCAUUGGUGUUUCUGACGGUAUGUCGAACGGUACCGAAGGUAUGCGUUUCUCUCUGCAAUCUCGUGAUAUCAUUGCCGACUCGAUUGAGACCAUGAUGAUGGCUCAAUACUACGACGCCAACAUUUCAAUUCCUGGAUGCGACAAGAAUAUGCCUGGUGUUCUUAUGGCCAUGGGUCGUGUGAACAGACCUUCUAUUAUGGUUUAUGGUGGUACCAUUAACCCUGGUGUGGGUACCUGUGGUCGUUUCAAGGGCCAACCUUUGGAUAUCAUUUCUGUUUUCCAGUCUUAUGGUCAAGUUUUGGCCAAGGAGAUUUCUGAGGAAGAGCGUGAGGAUGUUAUUGAACAUGCAUGCCCUGGUGAGGGUGCCUGUGGUGGUAUGUACACUGCCAACACCAUGGCAUCUGCAGCUGAGUUGUUGGGUAUGUCGCUUCCUGGCUCUUCUUCCAACCCUGCUAAGAGUGCGGCCAAGUACCAAGAGUGCAUUGAUGCCGGUGAGGCCAUUAAGAAUCUUUUGCGCAUUGGUCUGAAGCCCCGUGACAUUAUGACCAAGGCUGCAUUUGAGAAUGCCAUUACUUAUAUCAUUAUUACUGGUGGUUCUACCAAUGCUGUUUUGCACAUGAUUGCCAUUGCCAAGUCUGUUGGUGUUGACUUGACUGUGGAUGAUUUCCAGAGAAUUAGUGACAAGACACCUUUCCUGGCAGACUUUAAGCCAUCUGGUAAAUACGUUAUGGCUGAUCUGCCCAAGAUUGGUGGUACUCCUGCUGUUGUCAAGUUUUUGCUUAAGGAAGGCUUGAUUGAUGGUUCUACCAUUACAUGCACUGGUAAGACUCUUGCUGAGAAUGUAGAGAACUUGGCAGGUUUCCCCGAGGGCCAGCAGAUUAUCCGCCCAUUGUCUAAUCCUAUUAAGCCCACUGGUCACUUGCAAAUUCUGCGCGGUACUCUUGCUCCUGGUAGUGCUGUUGCUAAGAUCACUGGUAAGGAAGGUACAUACUUUAAGGGUAAGGCUCGUGUUUAUAAUGAUGAGGUUGAGUUUAUUCACUCGCUGGAGCGUGGAGAGAUUAAGAAGGGAGAGAAGACAGUUGCAGUUAUUAGAUAUGAGGGACCCAAGGGUGGUCCUGGUAUGCCUGAAAUGUUGAAGCCUUCUUCUGCAUUGAUGGGAUACGGUUUGGGUAAGGAUGUUGCAUUGUUGACUGACGGCCGCUUUUCCGGAGGAUCUCAUGGCUUUUUGAUUGGCCACAUUGUGCCUGAGGCAGCAGAGGGCGGGCCCAUUGCGCUUGUGGAAGAUGGAGAUGAGAUUGUGAUUGAUACCGACAAUAAUAAGAUUGACUUGAAUGUUGAUGAGGCUGUUUUGGCAGAGCGUAAGAGUAAGUGGACCCCUCCUAAGCCACGAUACACUAGAGGCACUCUUGCCAAGUACUCUCGUCUUGUAUCUGAUGCCAGUCACGGCUGUGUUACUGAUCUUGCUCCUGAAGAGUUUUAA